CGAUUAUUGUGCGAACUUCAUGGACGUCGCAGCGCUUGCGGAUCUGCUGCCAACGGACGCCCUUGUGAUCGUUGGCAUCAGCUGGCUGUUGUUCUUCCUGUUUGCCUAUGCCUUCUUCUCCAUGUGGCUGUUCCAAGACUACGAAGUCAGGGACACAGGCGUGUUUUCGCGCUUCCUGUUCUGCGUCACGUUCAUGCUGUCGUUUAGCAUCUUCGAGGUGUUGAUCUUUGAGCUCGCCGACAUUCUACGGCCAGCGACUCGACAGCUUAUCUGGCAAAUCGACUUGGUUGGGCUGGCCUUCCUCAUUGCGUACAUGAUCCCUGUGAUGCAGUUCUACACCAUGGCGCGGGAACAACGCCUCAAGCGCCAUCAAGCCAUCGUGGUCACGAUCGUCUUGGAAGUGAGUUUCCUCUACGCGUUUUGGAAGUCUGGCGAGUACGUGCCGUCCUUGCCCUUGCCUCCAACAAGCAGCACGGGCGCAGCCGAAGACACGUCGUACUGGGUGGGCUUGUUCUCGUUGGAAGGGUUCAUCAGUCGCGUGGGCUUUCUUGGCGUCAACUUCAUGGCCAUCUUGUCCGGGUUUGGGGCUGUGAACAUGCCGUACGAGUCCAUGACGAUCUUUUGGCGCAGCGUGGCCGAAGAAGACAUCCUCGGUCUGGAGCGCCGCGUCCGCCAAAACUUGGACAUGAUUGUGAUCAAGAAGAAGCGCAUUGCGUACGAAGUGCACGCCGCCAGGCGGACAGACACUGGUCAACGCUCGUCUUUGAACCCGAUACUCGGAAAGCUAUGGAGUGCCAUGUUUCACAAGCAAAACGACACGGAGUCGUACGUGCAGAAUUUACAAGGCGAAGUGUCCGUGUUGGAAACGUUGGGCAAAGAAUUAUUCUUGGAACUGCAUGCCAUGCGCGAGUUGCAGCACCGUGCAGUGGAGAAGCGGACGUUGAAAGGACGAGUGUUCAACUGGAUCGGCAUGGCGUUUUGCGGCUUUUGCGUGUACAAGAUGAUCAUGAGCACCGUCAAUGUCGUGUUCCGGCGGGACCGAGACACCGACCCCAUCACGAAUGUCGUGGUCAAACUGCUGUAUCUGUGGCCGUCGCUCCACUCGUGGAUCAACGUCCGGUUCAUGGCGAAUGUGUCGUCCCUGGUGUUUGUGGGCAUUUUGGUCUUUACGCAGACUCGCGGCUUCCUCCUCCUCGUGUUAAAGUGCUUUCGCUUUUUGUCGAGCAGCGUCUCAUCCAAUUCGGUCGUGCUGUUGCUCGCAAACUUGAUGGGCAUGUACUUUGUGUCGUCGUUUGUCAUGAUGCGCAUGAAUUUGCAAGCCGACCACAAGUACAAAUAUAUAUAUAUACUAUACAAAAAAUAUAUACGUUUUUCAUACGAGUUGAUGAUAUCUUUUUCUAGGCGACACAUCGAUGCCGUGUUGGGCCCGAUCGAUUACUAUGGGUUUGCGUCCUGGUUUGACGUGUUGUUUGUCGUGAGUGCCACCGUGAGCAUUGGGCUCUUGGGGCUGCUCAACUACUCGAAACUGUCGCGGACGGCCCAAGAUAGUUUUAGUGCGUUCGACAAGUAUCCUUGAAGAGUUUUGUUAAUUUAAUCGUCUUCGUACCGCAUCGACCCUUGCCCUUCCCACGCCGCGGCGGCGAGGCGGCUCGAGUCGGCGGCAUGAUGCCGCGCCGAUCGAAAUGCUCCAAAGUCGCCUUCUUCGGCCACGACGCGCAUCGAGUUUGUCCGCGCCUUGGGCUGUAAGUUGGCAUUGACCAGACGAGGGGCCCCACUGGUACUGCUACUACUGCUGGUUGCUGCAGAAGCCUUUUGGAAUGGCGGCAUGGCGCGACGUUUUCCGGCCGCGGAUGCUCGUUGAAAUUGAGGAACCGACGAUCGAUUCGAAGCAUAUUCUAAGUCCAAGCGUUGUUGAUACUCGUGUUCGAC